AUGGAGCAAUUAGUCAGGAACCAGAAGUUGAAUGUGAGUGUAAGAACUGUUAAGAGUGGUGAGGAGGUGCUAUUCUAUGCAAAGGAUGUAGCAGAAUCCCUAGGAUACUCGAACACAAAGAAAGCAGUUAGAAACCAUGUUUGGGAAGAGGAUAAGCGCACGCUAGGGUCCGUUCAAGGUGGGUCCCUCGAGGGCCCCCCUUUGAACGGCCAGCCUGGUACAUCUUUAAUCACAGAGCAGGGUUUGUAUCAGCUAAUAUUCGGAUCGGAGCUGAACACCGCAAACGAAUUCAGAAGGUGGAUAUUCAGUGGGUUACUACCAUCUAUCCGUAAACCAGGCUCAUAAAAACUACCAGAAUCUGAGCCACUCUAUUGUAAACAGAUGAAGCUAAUUAAUGAAAUGGACCUUCAUUAUGCUGUUGUAGAAUAUCUUAAAAAGUACCACCCAAAAGCCCUAAUUCUACCGGGACUAGGAGAGUACCAGGAUACAUCACAAAAGAGAUGCGACGCUUGGAGGAAGGGAUAUAUGGGUGGACAACCGGACCUCACGAUAGUAACUCCAAGUAAUGGUUUCCAUGGAUUCGCAAUAGAGCUCAAGACCCCAAAGGGCACAGGUGAAGUUAGGGACAACCAGGUGUCAUGGUUAAAGGUGUUAAACGAAAAUGGAUACUGGACACUAAUAUCUAACGAUUACACAAAGAUAGUGCUGGAUAUAGAGGAGUACUUUAGGGUCGACAAGAUAAAGAAACUCCUGGAGGAAAUAAAGAAUCUUAAGAUAAAGUGCAAGACUCUAAAGGCUAGUAAGUGUAAGGAAGUUGUAAUCCAACGAAUUGGUUACACAGUAGGUAAGUACUAG